UAUUUUUUAAAUUACUUUGAAUUGUAUUUAUUUUGCACCUUGCUGUUGCUAGGACAUUUAUUUUGCACCUUGCUGUUGCUAGGACACAGCGACUGCGCAUUUUAUGCAUGUUGGGGACACCAGCUUGUAAAGUUCAUACUCUUCCUAGCUGUCCAACAUAUUUUCUUAAUUUAUUCGGUAGCUGCGUGCCCCGAGUUUACAUGAGUAGGAUUUCCAUCAAGCGACCUCCAGCCAUGCCUUAUAAUAAAGCAUCUACAAAAAAUCUGCCAUACACAACAUUGCUGGAUAUUAAGUCACAGAAACAUGGACUGCGGCAUAAAGUUUUCUCUGUCAAUGGAGACACAUACACUGGAGAGUGGCAGGACAACAAAAAGCAUGGGAACGGAACUCAAGUUUGGAAGAAGUCUGGUGCCAUUUAUAAUGGAGAGUGGAAAUUUGGAAAACGUGAUGGAUAUGGUACCUACUAUGUACUACGCCCAGAAACAAAGAAGUAUGCAAAGAAGUACGAUGGUGAAUGGAAAGAUGGCAAGAAACAUGGCUAUGGGAUGUACAUCUACAAUAACUCAACAGUUUAUGAUGGGGAGUGGCGUGUGGACCUUCGGAGCGGCUGGGGAAGAAUGUACUAUGAAAAUGGAGAUACGUAUGAGGGAGAGUGGAUAAAGGAUAAGAAUCAUGGACAGGGCAUCAUGUAUAUGGCAAAUAGAAACUGUUAUGAAGGCACCUGGCGAGAUGGCAAGAAGAAUGGCAGUGGAAAGUUCUACUAUUGUGACAAAGGCCAGCUUUAUGAAGGCUUUUGGGUGGAUGGAGAAGCAAAAUGUGGGACCCUGUCUGAUCUUGAGAGGGAUAGAGCACCAAAACCAACCAAGUAUCCAAUUCCACAGCUGGUGGAUAUGCAGUUGGUUUUAAGGGAUGCCCAAUCAGCCUACCUUGAACAGUGUUGAAC